UCCUGCCCACGCCGCCGCCGCCACCACUCCCCCAAGCCCUUGGUCUGCGACGAUGGCGGCCGUGGAGCCAGCCCCCGGAGGCGACGUCAAGCUCUUCAACCGCUGGACCUUCGAGGAUGUCCAGGUCAACGACAUCUCGCUCAACGACUACCUGGCGGUGACGGCGACGAAGCACUACACCUUCCUGCCGCACUCGGCGGGGCGCUACUCGGCCAAGCGCUUCCGCAAGGCGCAGUGCCCCAUCAUCGAGCGCCUCACCAACUCGCUCAUGAUGCACGGACGCAACAACGGCAAGAAGAUCAUGGCAGUGCGCAUCAUCAAGCACACCAUGGAGAUCAUCCACCUCCUCACCGACUUGAACCCCAUCCAGGUCAUCGUAGACGCAAUCAUCAACAGUGGGCCACGUGAGGAUGCCACCCGUAUCGGUUCUGCCGGUGUUGUGAGGAGGCAGGCCGUGGAUAUCUCCCCCCUGAGGAGGGUGAACCAGGCCAUCUACCUGCUCACCACUGGUGCCAGGGAGAGCGCCUUCAGGAACAUCAAGACCAUCGCCGAGUGCCUCGCCGAUGAGUUGAUCAAUGCCGCCAAGGGCUCAUCCAACAGCUAUGCCAUCAAGAAGAAGGAUGAGAUUGAGCGUGUUGCCAAGGCGAACCGUUAAGAUGGAUGUGCAUCUGAGGGUUGGCUUGUGUUGGCUGGAGAGAUUUUGAGUUGUGUUCUUGUUUACCUGUGAUAUCUCUAGACUGGUUUUAGUUUAUCGAAUGAUGAAGUAGUUGAAUGGCAGACAUGUGUGCCUGGCCUGUCUGUUCCUGUUUCAACAUGAUGUUAUUUGAUGAAUGAUGUUGCUGCUGUUUGUUGCUCCUGCAUUAUGAAUUGAUGCAGUAUGCACGGAUGCAAAUGUCGGUAGCAGCAGCUUGACUAUUUCCUUAAUUUCUUUGAUCUUUUUAA